CCUUAACCUCAAAUCAAGGGGUAAAUUUAACCAAAUUUAACCAUCUCGAUCUCAUAGUCUACAAUCUAUCUUGUCGGAUCUUUCCACAAAUAUUAAAAUGUUGAUACCUGCUAGUGGCACAGGCCAAUAUAUAGCAAACACUGCUAAAGUUAUUCGAUUUGCCAGGAAAGGUUGUACCAACAGGCCUUUUUUCCACAUUGUUGUUACAGAAGUUAAAAGAGAUCAACAAGAUCCAGUUAUUGAGCAAGUAGGCACAUAUGAUCCAAUACCAAAUGAAUAUAAUGAGAAGUUAUGUGCAUUGAAUUUCGAGAGAAUAAAAUAUUGGCUAGGAAAUGGUGCUUCAGUGUCUAGACAUGUCCAAGAACUCUUUGGGUUGUCAGGUUUCUACCCUAUCCAUCCUAGAACAUAUAUUGCAGCCUGGAGGAGUAGAAGAAAUCAUCAAGAAGUAGAACCUGUUGAGCAAAAUGAAUUGAAAGAGGAAUCAAUCAACUAGUUACAACUUGAAUUUAUUUUACAAGUGUAUAAAUGUAUUAUCAAAAAAAAAACUUUUUCUCCCAAA